GAGAUGUUCCUUGGACGUUCCCAAUUAAUUUAAUUUUAUUAUUAUAAUAGUUAAUAAUUUUCGCAGAAUUGCAAUACGUUCGUUCGCUGCCACUAAUACUUAUAAUGUAGCUAAAUCGGCCAGAACAUAAAUCAGCUAACCGUUUUAAUAUAUUUGAGCGUUUUUAAAAUUGACGUUAGAUUAGACUUUUGUUUUCAUUGUAUGUAUUCGUAACCGUUUUGCGUUGCAGUUUUUGUGGUGAUUUUUGUCGUACCUGCAUUCGUAAUGGAUUUGUUCAAACAAGGUAUGAAGGGUCCAGCGAGGCCGGCUCCGGCCGUGCCCGGAAUGCAAGUCAACAGAUACUUUCCCGUCACAAAUUGGAACGAUGACCCUUUUGGAGAUGUCUUUGAACCGACACCGAAUUUCGCACAGAAGAAGAAGCCCCCACCAAGACCUCCACCACCAAAAGUUAACAAGCAACCAGAUGUGCCCUCAAAACAGACACAUUUUAUACGUAGACCGACUGUGUUGUCCGCUCUCCUAUCCCGCAAAAGUAAACCGACUGUGAAUCAAAAAGUAGAUAGUGUAAAUACCCAACCAACUUUUGUAAGUGAGUUAAGUAGUGAAUUGGACCCAAAUAGAAUGUUUCCCAAAUGUGAUCGUACUAAUGUCGGAACGCUGAUAGACUUCUCAUCUCCACCGAGUUCUCCCACAUUCACAACCAGAUCCAGUAGUGAUGGUGUCAGUGUUGAUAGCUUCGGUUCGGAUGCUACAACCUCCACGAACCAACACAAUGCUCUCAGCGGAGGGAAUGCUUCUCAGGCUGAAAGUGGAUUUGAGGAUGACUUUGAGAUGUUCCUGGGAUCUAGGAAGCCUCUCAGUAAAGAGGAUACUCUAGAUGAUUUUGGUGGAAUUGAUCCUUUUUCCCCACCUGCCAUAUCGAGUAAACCAAUUGUGCCUAAAAAACCUGUAGUGUCUAAGGAUCUCUUUGAUAAUAGUUCUAGCCAUUAUGCCGUUCCGCCCUUGAAGGGACCAACGAUUAUCCGUGCUAAGCCAGCCAGGCCGAAGCCCCCAGACAAUUCGGCACUAUUGAAGUCUACAUUUGGAAACAGUUUUCCUACGACUGCGAUGAGUGUGAACACAAUGACACCGAUACAUAAAAUUAGCACUGGAUUCAACGAUCAUGUGGACUCGAAAUCACUCUGGCCUGAACGCGAGUCAACUCCGCCCAUGCCGACCAUCCCUCCUCCACCGCCGCCCGUCAUCGACGAUGAUCUACCACCGGUCUGGCCGGAGGACGUGGAGGCGUUGGUUGAUGGUGAUGAUGGUGAAGAUUGUGAUGAGCCGUACGCGGUGGCGCUCUUCGACUAUUACACUGGACAUCAGGAUGAUCUGUGCUUCUCGGCGAACUCCCGCAUCACGCUGAUCAGGCGGGUGGACGACGAGUGGAUGUACGGGAGACUGGACUCCGGCACCGAGGGCCUCUUCCCGUCCAACUACGUCCAAGUCAAGGUGCCCCUGCCCAACGACACCGCGGACUUGGGGGUCGCCACCGCGCUAUACGACUUCGAGCCCGUCCAAACGGGGGACUUGGCCUUCAAAGUAGGUGAUGCCAUCAAUGUGCUCGCGAAACUCAACGAGGAAUGGUACUACGGUGAGUGCAACGGCCUCAAAGGACAGUUCCCAGUCAAUUAUGUGCAGAUGAGCUAGCGAGGGGCGUAGCUAGGGGCUAAAAGGGGCACCGAGUUUGAGGCCCCAAUAAACUUUUGGAGCCCCGAGACCGAGGCCCAAUAAACUUUUGCAGCCCCGAGACUGAGUCCCCAAUAAACUUUUGGAGCCCUGAACCUGACGCCACAAAGUUUUUUAGGGCUCCAUGACCGAGGCUCCAAUAAAGUUGUGGGGCCCCAAAACUGAGGCCCCAAUAUUUGAUAUUAAGUCGUAUGGGUUAGGUCUAAAAUCUUGAAUAUUGCUUGUGUAAGGUGUUCAUAUAUUUGUAUAACUUUGAAUUAAGUUUAUAUGAAAUAAUGAAAACACAAAUUGUAACGAUAAUAAAGCAAUUAAUUCGUCCAUCGAUAGAAUUUGGAAAAUGUAAUGAAAGUAGCAAUUUCUUCGAGCAAUAUUUUUCUAAUAGGACCUUUUAGGUGUGUAAUAAGAUAUUAACAUAAUAAAAUCAUUUAUAAUUAAUAGAUUUAACUUAGGUUAUUCUGACACAAUACAAUUUUUAUGCACGGAGAUGUUUUGCAUGUAUAUAUUUCAUUAUUUUUAGAUUUCAGUGCAUUUUCAGCGUGAAAUAAAAAGUUAAGUAAAUCUUGUAGCAUAUAUUAUAAAAUCAUGUCUAAUAAAAAAUCAAAAGAUCUAAUCACGAUCAUUCUAAUAGAUACUCAAAUUCAGUAAUUUCUAUUUAACUGAUUUGAGGUUGAAAUUAAUUGGUCUACUUAAUUGUGGGUAGUUGCUAGAUUUAUUUUUGGAGAUAUUAUAGGCUGUGGUGUGAAUCUCUUUCAGUUCUUGAUUUUGCUUUUUUUUAAUUCCAUCGUUUAAACUUUAAAGGCUAGAACGUAAGUUUAAAUUAUCGUUUAUAGAAAAAUAUGUGCCUGAUUAUACUGUAAAAUAUAUAUUUUU